AUGCGCCUCAGGAAGAUGCCCACCAGCCACAGUGCAAUUCAAGGUGUUAUCGAGCGUGUUAUAGCCACCCCAAACGCAUUCUCGGUGGUCGAAUCAGACAAUGCCUGGCCUUCCUCCUCUACCAGUGCAGACGCCAAAGUUCACUUGGCCGUCCUCGACUCGUCAUUCAACCCACCCACUUUUGCGCAUCAAUCUAUAUCCUCUUCUAUCUUCCCGCGCUUGGGUGAAGACAAGGUAGAUGGCUAUACAGCAAGGCUCCUGUUGUAUUCCCCAAAGAAUGCUGCCAAGACGCCGACGGCCAAGGAUGCCACGCCUCUGCAGAGGUUGGAAAUGAUGUCUCUCCUCGCUUCCUCCAUGCGGUCUGCAUCUUUGCGGAAAGAGAGCAUAGCAACAGCUCUCAUCCACGCCCCAAACUUUUCCUCCAAAGCGUCCAUCCUCCGCUCCCACCUCCUCUCCUCCUUGGGCCCAGUGCGGGGAAAGGAAGCCGAGAUGACAUUCUUGGUUGGAAUGGACACGCUUGUGAGAAUAUUUGAUCCCAAGUACUAUCCCACGGGGGAGAUGCACGGGAUCCUUAGAGAGUUCUUUGAAGACUCGGGAGCGAGGGUGGUGUCAGCGAGGAGGGGAACGAGCGAGGCAGAUAGAGUCUUUGAGAAGGAUCUGCUGGGAAGAGACGACGUAAAGGGCUGGGUUGGAGAUGGUAAAGUCAGGGUAUUGGGAGACGGGCAUGAUGGAUGGGAAGAUAUCAGCAGUACACUCGUACGAGAGAGUGUCCGGAGGGGAGACUGGGCGAGUGUCAAGAAGCUGGUGGGAGACGGGGUAGCCACAUAUAUACAGAGGGAAAAGUUGUUCAACGGGUCUGAUUAA